AUGAAGACAAAAAAGCCAUUAUCAGCAGCAGAAAGACAGCGACGUUGUCGGGAGAAACGAAAAAGUGACCCAGAAAAGGUAGCAGAAGUAAAACGCAAGGAUUUAGAAAGGUACCACGCUCGAAAAAAGUUGGUGGCAGAUAUGAACGCGAGAGAACAUCGAAUUAUGAAGCGAAAAUGGCAACAGGCUAAUAAAAAAAGAAGAGAGAAGAAACAGAUGCUUGAAAAUGUACUGUUGGACACGCCGGCUCUGUCGCCGAUACCGGAAAACCCACAAAUAAGACCCCAUUCUGCGACACCCACUCUAUCGGAAGCGUCUAGUGCAAGGGGAAGAAAGAAAGUGAAAAGAGAUAGAUCAAAGAUGUACAGAGAUAAUAUUAAAUUACAAGAAAAAAUAGAACAGCUGGAGAAAAGAAUCCGUAAAUAUAAAAAAAGAUUACAACGAAAAUCAAAAAGAGACAGCAAAGUGGAACAUAAUAGCAACGAUGAAAAUAAAUAUAAAGUCCUUUCUAAUGCCAUCAAAGAACGCUAUAAAACUGUCAAAAGUCGUAAAGAAAAACGCCUCAUACAUUCUAUUCUUCAAACUCCCAUUACAAAAAAAUCCAGAAUGCAAACGCAGUUGUGUAAGACCCGGGGCAUAGUUUAUGAAAAAAAUAACCGAGAAAGAAUUGUGCCACUACGUCAGUGGGUAACGAAAAACGAAGUUGUAGAAAAAGGUGGAAAAAAGAUAAAGAUUUCAAAAAAUGUCCCUGUUACCGAAAAUCACACUAUUCAAGAAGUUAUUAAAAAAUUUGAAAAUGAACUCAUGAAUUUCAGAACUCAUGUCUACAACAUCCGACACCAAUACAAAGCAUACCGACAGUGUAUCUAUGGUCUUACUGGAACUGAAGUAGCUUUACAUAUAGAUUUUAGUGAGAAUUAUGCGUGGCAUGGGAAAGGAGCUGCCGAUGGAGUUGGUGGAACCUUAAAACGCCAAGCUGAUGCUAUAGUAGCUAGAGGGGCAGAUAUUGCAGACGCAUAUGAAUUUUUUUCUACACUUCAAGAUGUCAGCAAAAUUAAGUUGUUUAUGGUGACAGACGAAGACAUUGAAAAUGUUGCAAAAACUAUUCCCAGUAAAAUUACACCCCUGAAAGGAACUAUGCAAGUUCAUCAGAUGUUUACAGAAACUCGUGGAAUAUUAAACUAUAGGAUACUGAGUUGUUUUUGUGAACGGUUCUGUUCCUGUCACGGUCCUAAAACUUAUCAGCCUACACUACCCGACACUGAAGAUAUAGCGAAUCAGAAGUCUUCUUACGAAGAAGAUGAACCUAAUCUUGGAACAGAAGAAUUUUCUCUUGCUGAUAUUACGAAUAAAAUUGGGAUGCCUAGUAAAAGAUUUUACGAUAUCGUGUAUUAUAGCCCGAGUGAAUCAUCCGAUGAAGAUCAGCCACUGGUCACAUAUAAAACUAAGGAUUCUAUCAAUCCACUCGUGGUAUCCGGUACUUCAUACCAAACACUGCAGCCUCAGGACAUUCAUCCAAAUAAAAUAGAAGACAGAGUUUACGUUUUAGUUAAAGUACGAAGCGAGAGGAAUAUUCUCUACACUUACGCUGGAGUUGUUAAAAGUGCCGUCGACGAAGAAGGUGAUGUUCUGGUAAUGUUCCUUAAAACCAUCGAUGAUAGUGGAAGACUAUUUAGAUUAUUGGAGAAUGACUUAUCGGAUGUUCCAUUUGAUGAUUUGAUUGAAAUCUUACCUACCCUAGGUGUAGGUUGUUAG